AUGUCAUCACCUUUCGUUUAUGAUGUUCACCAAAAACUUUUGAGUCAGGAAUUAAAAACAGAUAUUGAUAAAGAACCAGCUGAAGUAUGGACUAAAGAAAGCUAUUUCACUAGUCUGACUCCUGUAGAAAAUGCGGGCAGUAAAGAAGAAACCAUACCGACAUUAACCGACAUCACAUAUAACGAUAAUACUUUAGUUUUAACGACAGCGAUAAACGUAUUCCGUAAAGAAAUGGCGACUUCAGAUUUAAAUAUAACACAAAAAGAUAUUACCAAUGACUUUAUGAAUAGACCUAUAAGUAAGGCUAAAUUUAUUAAGAAGAAACACCGAGUUAUUGAGCGUUAUCCGAAAUCUGAAGAUAAUUAUCAGGGUAGGGAUUUUACAAGAAGCGAAUCAGAUUCACGAGAAAUAAGUUCCGAGGAAAAACAUUAUAGGGUACACACUCCCGCUCGACGCAUCUUCCGCGGGCACAAAACGAAGAUCAAGCAUUUUCCUUUUUUGGUGACCGUUCAUGUCCUCGGCCGGUUCGUGUGUGGCGGCACGAUUAUCAAAUCGGACCUAGUCAUAACCGCAGCCCAUUGUUUGAAAAGAUUAGGAGGGUUUUGUCGCUCUAGCCUUAUACUGAACCACUCAUCUAACUUUGAAUGCAGGUGGCAGGAAUGGGUGCAUCGCACCAGUACUACACUAGAAACAACAACUUAUGAGACCACUACCGAUGAGACCACGACCGAUACAAUCACAACUGAUGUGAUCUCAAUCGAUGACAUCGUAAAUGAUGUAUUCGGUAUCGAUGUAAUCGCAACUGGUACCGACGGAGCCGAAUUUAAGUCAAUCAAUACAAUCACUGAUGGAACUGAAACUACCCCCACCGAGACCGAAACGACUGAUACUACAAUAAUUACUCAGCAGAUUAGCUCCGAAGACUCCGGAAAAAGCUCGAGUUACGAAACGAUACCACCGAAGACAGUCAUCACGGAAGAAACUUCUAAACCUCCCACUUUCGGUGUCCUCUCUGUGCGCAUCGGCACAAACUAUUACAGAUUAGAGGGGAAGGUGGUCCAGGUGGUAAAUGUUUAUUUUCAUCCUUCAUACGAUGAGAACAACUUGCAAGACAACCUGGUCAUCAUGAGACUGGAAAGACACCUCAAUUUCAAACGAAGGAGAGUACGCAAGAUAGAGAUCAGUACAGACGCAUCUGAUGUGCCAGAGGGUACUGAAGUUACUCUUGCUGGUUGGGGUGCUAAGACUUACCACAACAAAGUCUUUAACGCUUUAUGGAAUUUGAUCCACAAGGCUGUCUUGACAGUCAGUCCUCGGGAUGAGUGCGUAGAUACAUAUACUGAGAACUUCGUGACAGCGACAAAUUUUUGUGCGCUAAAUGAACAUCACGAGGGAGCUUGCAAUCGCGAUGCCGGUAAUCCUGCGGUGGUGGAUGGCCUGCUAGUGGGUGUUGUCAGUUUUGGCCCCCCUAACUGCGGGCAAUGGGACGCACCUACAGUCUUCACCAACGUUGGCUACUACGCAGACUGGAUUGAAGAGAUCAUGCACAUGGAUCUGAAAUCAUCAUCAAUAUCAUCAUCAUCGUCGGAUGAAAAUGAAAACCGAAAAAAGCCAACACCAGAAACGACCACCAAGUGUGCUGGUUGGACAAAAGCUACCACAACCCCAGAACUCUCGGAAUUCGAUACACCUGUAUACUAUGAUGGUAAUAUUUACAAAGAUGAAAAAGGUUGGACAACGAAAGCUACCACAACUACAGAACUCUCGGGAUUCGAUACACCUGUAUACUAUGAUGGUAAUAUUUACAAAGAUAAAAAAGAACAGUAUAAUUUUCCUACGAGAGCGUAUGAAGACGUUAAAUUAAGAAGGAGGUUUAGUGUAGUAGUCAAAGAGAAACAUAGUACAUCGAUAGUCCCAUUGGACAAUGCUCUUCCGAAAAUAUCUACGUUAAGUGAAUCUGGUGCAACCAUCGAAAAAAUAUUCUUAUUAACGCCUAACACACCUAGAAUUCGCAAUGAUUUAGAUCACACAGUUCCAAUAUUUCCAUACAUUUUCGAACGAUUUUCGUAAUUGUUCGAAGAGUUAAGCAAAUUAGACCUAAGAUUAGUAACGGUUUCUAAAAUUUUACGUACUACGAUAAAAUUUACAAAAUGGAAGAUAGUUUGAAAUGAUGACGACAAUAAAGCUGAAAUUGAAUUCAAUAUGUGUGUAAAUUAUAUUCCCGAAAAACCAAAUAAAAAUGAUAAUUGAUUCUCGUUGUUUUCUUUAUAGGUAUGCGAUA